AUGGUCAUCAGCGCCCUGAUUUUACAGAAGUAUCUCAAACAACGGAUGACACCUGGAGAGAGUUUGACGGUGGUGACCAUCUCAGAGCCGUCAACCGGAGCGAAGUUGAAAACUAUGUGCAGGUUUCAUGUUCUGGGAUCCUUAUCAAAGGACGAUGGCGCUUCUCAUGCCUAUGUUGCCAAGAUCUUUUAUCAGUCUCUGAAGCAGAACGAGUCGGGUCAAACUACGGAUUGGAUGGUGGCAAAGGCAUUACAUGACGCUAUAGAGAGCGAUAGAGAUCUUGCAAAGGAUCCACGUUGGUGGGCUCCGUACAUUCACUCAGGUCCUUGA